CCAGUGAGCGCGCACGGCUGUCACCCCUCACGGGACACACGCACACUCUCACAAGCACACGCAAACAGAUUCAAAGGCAUACACGCGCACACACAUGUAAACAAUACGCGCGCGCACCCAAGCGUGCGUCAUGCGUCCUGAGAGUAACUUGCCAGCUCGGCUGGAACGCGCCAGGACGCACGGGAUGAGCACCGGUACCGUGACCAGCAGCGGCUGAGGGACAGCCAGCCUCGCCACCUUCCCGGGCUGGCUGCAUGCCCUCCCCGCGCUUCGCCGGGAAAGUAUGGAUUACCUUCCCACCAGAGGCAACGACAGCAACGCCACCGUCGGGUACCCGCCCGGGGUGGAGGUGGUGGCGGACUGGCUGGGCUCCGACGACAGCCACAACAACAACACCGGCGGUUCUUACUCCUUUCCGUUCGUGCAACUGGGCUACCAGAUCGUCACCUCCCUUCUGCUGGGUGCGCUCAUCCUGUGCUCCAUCUUCGGUAACGCGUGCGUGGUGGCCGCUAUCGCCCUGGAAAGGUCCCUCCAAAACGUGGCCAACUACUUGAUCGGAUCCCUGGCUGUGACGGACCUCAUGGUGUCGGUGCUGGUGCUGCCCAUGGCGGCCCUGUACCAGGUGUUGAACAAGUGGACCCUGGGCCAGGGGAUCUGUGACUUGUUCAUCUCUCUAGACGUGUUGUGCUGCACCUCAUCCAUCCUGCACCUGUGCGCCAUCGCUCUGGACCGCUACUGGGCCAUCACGGACCCCAUAGACUAUGUCAACAAGCGCACCCCGAGGAGAGCCGCGCUCCUCAUCAGCGUCACCUGGCUGGUGGGCUUCUCCGUAUCCAUCCCGCCCAUGUUGGGCUGGAGGAGCGCCGAGGACCGAGCCGACCCGGACGCUUGCAUCAUCAGCCAGGACCCGGGCUACACCAUCUACUCCACCUUUGGGGCGUUCUACAUCCCUCUCAUCCUCAUGCUGGUCCUUUAUGGGCGGAUCUUCAAGGCGGCUCGCUUCCGGAUCCGAAAGACAGUGAAGAAGACAGAGGUCAAAGGUGAGCGUUGCUUGACAUUAUCCCCCGCGGUGCUCCACAAGAAGAGCAACGGGGAGGCCGGCAGCGGUAGGCCGUGCAUCAACGGCGCCGUGCAGUUUGGCGACGAGGCCGAAUCCCUGGAGGUGAUAGAGGUGAGCAGUUCCAAAAGCCACCUGGCCCUGCCCAACACCCCGCAGUCAUCCUCGCACGAGAACCUCAGCGAGAGGAACUGCGGUGCCAAACGCAAAUUGGCGCUGGCCCGAGAGCGCAAGACGGUGAAGACGCUGGGCAUCAUCAUGGGCACGUUCAUCUUCUGCUGGCUGCCGUUCUUCAUCGUGGCCCUAGUGCUGCCCUUCUGCGGAGAGAGCUGCUACAUGCCCGAAUGGCUGGGCGCCGUCAUCAAUUGGCUGGGCUACUCCAACUCCCUGCUCAACCCAAUCAUCUACGCCUACUUCAACAAGGACUUCCAAAGUGCUUUCAAAAAGAUUGUCAAGUGCAAAUUCCACAGGCCGUGAACGCAACGCUCCAUCAGAUUGCACCCACUGCACUGUCCACAGGCGUCCAAAUGCAAGAGCUGUAUCAGAAUCAGAGCCUUAUCUCAGUUGUUGGUAUUAACCAUGUUUAAUACUGUGUUUGUAGUAAGCAUUGCAUCACAUUGUGUGCGUUAAAAAGAAUACAGAUUACCAGCCAGAUGCUUAGCUUAGCUUCCACCUAUAGCAUCAAAGUUGACACCAAACUGUAUUAUUAUUCUUUGACCCUCCAGAGCUUCCUCUGCAGGUUUAAAGUUGAACAAAAAGAACUGACACUGACUUGCAUUCAUUUAAUAAUUUGUUAUUAGUUAUUUAUCAUUACCUAUUGAUGUUAUGUAUUUAUUAUUCAUCUUUAUAUUCUUAUAGUAUUUGUAUUCAUAUGCAAUUAAUUCUGCCAGAGGUGUAUUAUUUAAACACCAAUGCUAGUAUUUAUUUAUUUAUUUAUAAUUUUGAAUUUAAUUGUAAUUUAUUUUAGGGUUCAGUUUUUAA